UGACAUAUAUUUUGUCAAAAUUAAAAGUCAAUUGUCAAUUCGUGUUUUUCACAAAUGGUAUCAGCUACUUGUAGUACACGCAAUUAUUAAAUCAUUUCUCAGUCAAAAUAUAAUAUUAAUCAGUUUUGUGCUAAUUAUUUAGAAGAAAAGUUGGUUCUUUUAGUAGUAAAGCCAUAAGUGAGUGUAAACAAUGACUAAAAAAGGAGGUAAAAAAGGGAAGAAAAAUAAAGAAGAGACUCCAACCGAAGCAGGAGAUGGUUCUUCAGCGUCAGGAGUAUCAGCCAGUACAUCAAGACCUGAGGGUACUCCUUCUGACGCUAACAAGCCACAACAGGCGCCUGCACGGGAUGUUGGACAAGAUGAAUCGGAGCAAUUUAAAAAUCCGAAAAAAAAAGGUAAAGGACAAACCAAACAAGGACAAGGAGAUGUGGCUUCGACAAGCUCUUCUCAAUCAGGUGAUGUGAUACCAGCAGAGCAGUUGGGUCAAAUGAAAAUGACAAGUGGGCCGAAAUCGAAAGGUCAACAGAAACAACAAACUCAACCGUCACAGCCUCAACAACCUCAACCACAACAACAUCAACCACAGCAACGUCAACAGCAGACACAAAAGCCACCUCAGCAACCCCCGCAAUUCCAACAAACUGGACCACAACCCCCACAAGGUGCUUGGCGUACGCAACCAACACAACCUCAACAAACUGGACCACAACCUCCACAAGGUGCUUGGCGUACGCAACCAACACAACCUCAACAAGGUUAUCCACCCCAGCAACAACAACCUCAACAGGGUUAUCCACCGCAGCAACGACCUCAACAAGGUUAUCCACCCCAGCAACAACAACCUCAACAGGGUUAUCCACCACAGCAACGACCUCAACAGGGUUUUCCUCCUCAGCAACAGCCUCAACAGGGUUUUCCUCAGCAACAACCUCAACAGGGUUUUCCUCCUCAGCAACAACCUCAACAAGGUUUUCCUCCUCAGCAACAACCUCAACAAGGUUUUCCUCCUCAGCAACAACCUCAACAAGGUUUUCCUCCUCAGCAACAACCCCUUCAGCAAGGAAAACCAGACGGUGAUAAACGCCCUCAAGGAGGAAAACAAGCUGGUGCUCAAAAAAAAGAUGGGGGACCGAAAACUAAAAAACAACCGGAAUCAGUACCGUCCACAUCUACCAUUACGAAAGCCGUGUCUACUACGUCCAUUCAAGAAGACCUGAAACCAAUGGAAUAUGUAAAAGCCAAGCCCGGAACUGUCGGCAGAAUUAUACCUUUGGAAUCCAAUCACCUGGCCUUGAAUUUGGGGAAAGUAGAUUCGGUGGUUCAUUACGAUGUCAAUCUGGUGCCGGACACUCCGAAACGAUUCCUGCGCGAGGUCAUGGAACUGUGCCGGAAGAAGCUAUACCCCAAGAGGUAUCCGGCCUUCGACGGCAGAAAGAAUUUGUACAGCACGACUUUACUGCCGUUCGGCGAGGCGAUCAAAACCGAAAUCGUUAUAUGCGAUCCCGACGGCAAAGAGAAAAAAUACGCCGUCGAAAUUAAAUUCGCGAACAUGGUUGAUAUGAGAGCGAUGAAAGAUCUGACGCUGUCGUUGGAAACCCCGCGAGACGCUUUGCAAGUUAUCGACAUCGUCUUGCGUCACGGUGUCGCUUCACGGCUUAUUCCAGCUGCGCGAAGUUUCUUCAUUAAACCGCAGGAAAUCAUCGAUUUGGGUGAAGGUAUGGAGAUGUAUCACGGUUUUUACCAGUCGGCAAUUAGAGGUUGGAAGCCGUUUUUGAACGUAGACGUUGCUCACAAAGCUUUCCCCAAAGGAAUGAGAUUGCCGGACCUUAUAAUAGACCUGUUGUCCUCGUACAACAGGCCGUUUCCGCGGGACGACCUGAACAAGCCGCUGACCGCUUUGAACGUAAAGACCGUCGAGAAAUUUCUGAAAACUCUGAGGAUCGUUUACGAAAUCCCUCGUAAUGCCGGCUCCAAAAGGACCUACAGGGUGAACGGUUUGCAAGAUUGCGCCGAUAGAAAAACGUUCACCUCGGAUAAGGGCGAAGCCAUGACGAUUACGGAAUAUUUUCGAAAAUACAAGAGUUACACGCUGAGAUUUCCGAAGUUGCCGACCGUCUGGGUGGGAGAUAAACAGAGGAAAAAUCCUAUACUGUUGCCGAUGGAAUUUUGUACGUUGGAGGAAAGUCAAGUGGUCAACAGAAAAAUGACGGAAAAUCAAACAUCUACUAUGAUUAAAAGUUCCGCUACUAGCACUACAAUUAGAAAACAAAAGAUCAUGAAGGGCCUGUCUGAGGCUAACUAUAAUGCAGAUAACACCGUUAAGGAGUUUGGUUUUUCUGUUUCGAAUCAAUUUUGCCAAUUGAAUGGUAGAGUAUUGCCGCCUCCAAAACUGGGAUAUCAAAACAGCAAAGAAGUGAGACCUUUCAAGGGCGUGUGGCGAGGUGAUAGAUUCUUCAAUGGCGUAACGAUAGACAAUUGGACUAUAGCCCAUGCUGGUACAAACCCCAGACCAAACGAUUUGAGUAAUUUAGAAAAUACACUUUACAGCUGCGCCAACCAAGUUGGAAUAACCCUAUCAAACAAAGCUUCGAAGCCGUAUCUGUACUUGGGCGAUAGAUUAGACCAAAUUAAGUCGAAUCUACAAAAAGUUAAAGAUUACAGAUACAAUGUUAUAUUCGUAGUUGUGCCCAAUAGUGGUCCUCAUUAUUCAUACGUCAAAACCGCUGCCGAAAUUAAAGUUGGAUUUCUAACCCAGUGUUUGAAAGCGAAGACUCUGUUCAAAAUGAAUCCUCAAACAGCCACCAACAUUUGGUUAAAAGUGAAUGCUAAAUUGAACGGCACGAACCACUUCUUGUUGACGAGGCCUCUGAUUAUGAACAGACCGACGAUGAUUAUGGGCGCUGAUGUGACGCAUCCCAGCCCGGACUCCACCGGCGUUCCGAGCGUGGUCGCUGUUACGGCUUCGCACGAUCCGAAAGCCUUCAAAUACAACAUUUGCUGGCGUUUGCAACAACCGAAAGUCGAAAUUAUUAGCGAUCUUACAAAUAUCACCGUGGAACACUUGAUGUAUUUCUUCAAACAAAACAAUGGCCUGAAACCGGAGAGGAUUAUAUUCUUCAGAGAUGGAGUAUCGGAAGGGCAAUUUGAACAAGUUCGCAGGGAGGAGAUAUUAGCGAUUCGUGCGGCUUGCAAGAAACUUCAACAGGACUAUCAGCCCAGCCUUACGUUCUUGGUCGUUCAAAAGAGACAUCAUACCCGUCUUUUCCCUCUCAAUCCAAAGGAUUCAGAGGACAGAAACAACAACGUACCAGCAGGUACAUGUGUUGACACGCAAAUUACACAUCCCUUUAUGCAAGACUUCUAUCUCGUCUCCCAUGCCAGCAUCCAAGGAACAGCAAAGCCGACAAAGUAUUGCACUUUGUGGGAUGAAAAUAAUCUGUCGAAUGAUGAUAUUGAACAGUUGACAUAUUUCUUAUGUCACAUGUUUACUAGAUGCACCAGAUCCGUUAGCUACCCAGCGCCUACUUACUAUGCCCAUUUGGCUGCAGCCAGAGCUAAAACUUACAUAGAGAACGACGAUAUAGAUUUGGAUAAUUUACAAGCUGAAUAUAACAAUCGUCAGAUAUUGGAUGUUAUUCGCAAAGAAAAGCCCAUGUUUUUUGUAUAAUUUUAUUAUACCUGGUCGUAUGACUAACAUGCUUUUUAAUAUGAUAAAAUAGAAUUACGAUUUUGUUUGAAUACUUUUUUUUUUAUGUAAAGGAUUUUACUAUAUCAUUUUACUUUAUGUAGCAUUUGUUUGAUUUAAUAAAGGAUCCAAAAAAUAUUCUUUUGCGCACACAAUC